UGUGCUGCAAUGUCAGCUACGUGGCGUAUCGCGGAGAUCGAAACAUUGCGCUAUAUUUGCGCUCCGUAGGUUUAGGUGGCUUAGGCUUGUUUGAGAAAUUGCUUACAAUUUUACGCUACCUAAACCUAUCAAGACGGAGAUCAGGAAGCAGAAGACAAAAUGAUGGAAAGUGAAGAUUCCUUGCGGCCACAACCAUCUGCAGUCACAUUGUUUUUCAGAAAUUUAUCGCAGACGUAUCAACGUAUGUUAGAUACAUGGACGCCAUACGCAUUAGGCCGGUGGCUGGCAACUGCGUUUCUGCUUUUGGCAUUCAUGGGCAGAAUUGUCUAUCUUCAGGGUUGGUACAUUGUAACGUACGCUUUGGGAAUCUACCACCUAAACCUUUUUAUAGCAUUUUUAACGCCCAAGAUAGAUCCAGCUAUGGCCGAUGACUAUGAAGACGGCCCCGAGCUACCAACAAAGGCAAACGAAGAGUUCCGACCAUUCAUUCGGAGGUUGCCAGAAUUCAAGUUUUGGUAUUCGGCCACAAAAGCCACGUUGGUUGGCAUUUUUUGUACAUUCUUCGAUGCCUUCAAUGUUCCAGUGUUCUGGCCUAUUUUGUUGCUGUACUUCAUCACCUUAUUCUGCAUCACAAUGAAGAGACAAAUUAAGCACAUGUUGAAGUACCGCUAUCUACCAUGGUCUCACGGGAAGACACGCUACAGAAGCAAAGAAGUAACGGAGCUCAAUGCCAAGGGACAUUCAAAGUAGAGGAAGAGCCAGACUGUAAAAUGCAGUUUUCUGUUUCAGUAGUGUUGAGGAAUUGUGACUACCAAGAAGUUCAGGGCCGGGUCUCUGCAUUGACCUCAAGUCCAUCGCUUGGUGUUGUCAGUCAAGGCUUGUACAUAUGUGAACAGGACAUUCCCUUAUCUUCAGAGAGUCACGUAUACUUAGGUUCGGAACUUUGUUUUUCUUUUUCCUUUUUCAUACAAUGGAGAAACAAUGCUAGUUUCAGUGCAAGGUUGUUCCGCACCGGAACAGGCACUUGACAUUUGCAAAAACGAACAAAGCAUUGCAGAAUAAAAGAUUUCAUGGAGUAAUA